AUGGCUACCGCGCGCGAGCAGCCAGCAUGGCGCCAGCCGACUGCUCAUCCUGAAGCGCAAUCGCUGCCUUCGCUGAAGGUCUACAACUCCCUCACCAAGUCGAAGACGCCGUUCAUUCCGAUCGACCCUCAGGGCAAGAAGGUAACAUGGUAUGCGUGCGGACCAACGGUAUAUGACGAUGCGCAUCUGGGUCAUGCUAGGAACUAUGUCAGCACGGAUAUUAUCCGCCGUAUCAUGCGGGAUUACUUCAAGUUCAACGUGCAUUUUGUUAUGAACAUUACCGAUGUCGAUGAUAAGAUUAUCCUCCGGGCUCGGCAACAGCAUUUGUUUACAAAGUUCGUGACGGCUCACCCUACGAUCGACGACGAAGUUCUUGAUUUCGCGAAGAAAGCAUAUGCCGCCUACCUGAAGAAGAACCUGCCGCUACUGAGCCCCGAGAUUUCCCCCUCGGAGUACUCGAAGGAGGUGGAGAAGGUUUAUGCGACUAUUCUAAGCGGAGGACCUUUACCGGGCAAUGAGAAAGCCGGAGAUGACGAAGCAAAGGUCAAGAUGCAUAUCAAGACGGUGCUGUCAGCAGCGAGUGUUAUUGCGGAGGCGGAGAAGCUCGACAAGAUCGCGCAAGGAACUUUCCCGGAGCGGUUUUACACCGAUGCGCAAGACCUCUUGCUGCCGUACCUAGAUGCGCUUGAGGGUUCCUCGAUUGACGCGGACGAUCACGCAAUUUUCACGAAGUUGACGCGAAAGUACGAGGAUCGGUUCAUGAAGGACAUGGAUGACUUGAACGUGCUUCGACCAGACGAGUUAACUCGAGUGACCGAGUACGGCCAGGAGGUCGCCGACUUUGUGGAAAAGAUUGUGGAAAACAAGUUUGGUUAUGUCUCGGCAGAUGGUUCGGUUUACUUUGAUAUCAAUGCUUUUGAAGCCGCUGGUUUCCCUUAUGCCCGUCUUGAGCCUUGGAGCCGUUCGGACAACAAGCUCCUCGCCGAAGGAGAAGGCUCAUUAGCCAACAAGACUACGGAGAAGCGCUCCAAAUCUGACUUUGUUCUUUGGAAGGCGUCGAAGCCUGGUGAGCCCAGCUGGUCUAGCUCAUGGGGUCGAGGCCGGCCGGGGUGGCAUAUCGAAUGUUCGGCCAUGGCGUCUGCCCGUCUCGGCAAGCAGAUGGACAUUCACUCUGGUGGCAUCGACCUUGCGUUCCCUCAUCACGACAACGAGUUGGCGCAGAGUGAAGCGUACUGGCACUCCCAUGGUGACCAGUGGGUCAACUACUUCCUGCACAUGGGCCACUUGUCCAUUCAGGGGUCCAAGAUGUCCAAGUCUUUAAAGAACUUCACAACCAUUCGCGAGGCACUUGAGAGGAAGGAAUGGACGCCGCGAAGUCUGCGAAUUGUUUUCCUGCUUGGCGGUUGGAAGGACGGCGUUGAAAUCACCGACGAGCUCGUCAGCGCCGGCAACUCGUGGGAGGACAAGCUGAACAACUUCUUUAUUAGGGUUAGAGACCCUGCCACCUUCCAAGGAGCCACGUCAGGUACGGACUCCACUCUUGCCGAGGCAUUGGAGGCGACCAAGACUGCUGUGAACGAGCACCUUUGCGAUUCAUUCAACACCCCGGGCGUGAUGAACUCGAUCUCUGAGCUUAUCACCAAAUACAACAGUGCCGAUAAGUCGACGUUGAACUCCAAGGAUGUCGAAGCGAUUGCUCGAUGGGUGACUUAUAUGGUCAACGUGCUUGGUCUUAAUGGCCAGACACCUGCCGACACGCAAGAAAUCGGAUGGAGUGGUAUUGACGUUCCUGAAGAGGGCAAGCCAUUCUUAUUCCCCCUUUCAGCCAUGCGUGAUGCUCUGCGGCAGUAUGCGCGGGCCAAGACGCUCAACGCAGGCGAGAUCUCCAAGAUUGUCGAACAAGGCGCUGUCCCUGAGACAGCGACAAAGGCCGCCCAACCCUACGCUACCGUGGCGACCAACUUCCGCACCAAGGUUUCCUCGCUACAGGACUCUGAGAAUCUCGGAAAGGAGGUCCUCGCACUCUGCGACCGCGUCCGUGAUGUGGAUCUGUUCGACAUUGGUGUCUACCUUGAGGACCGAGAGAACCUCCCCGCCAUCGUCCGCCCCGUCAGCCGCGACCUCAUUCAAGCCCGUGAGGAGAAGGCUGCGCAGGCGCUGCAGAAGCAACGUGAGCGAGAAGCCAAAGAGAAAGAGGCGCUGAAGAGGCUAGAGAAGGGAAAGCUCAGCCAUUUGGAAAUGUUCCGAACGAACGAGUACAGUGCAUGGGACGAUGAGGGACUCCCAACCCGCGAUGCCGCUGGAGAGGAGCUCGCGAAGAGUCGCUCGAAGAAGCUCCGCAAGACCUGGGAGCAGCAGAAGAAGCUGCACGAGGCGUGGCUCGCGAGCCAGCAGGGCAGUAAAUGA